AUGGCGGAUAUAGGAGGAGUAAAUAGCUUUAGAUCCUUCGCCAGAAGCUGGCAGCGGGCAGCAUCCUUUGCAGAGGUCAUUCCUCGUCGGCCCAGUUUCAUCCUUGCGUCCGAGUCGGAGAACUUCCCAGGACCAAGCUGCGAUGGCAUCCAAUACGGCCGAAGCCAGGUUGGUAGUCAAUCCCAACCAAGCACAGGCCUGCUUCGCCAGCACCUUGAAGCAACGAGUCCACAUGGCCCAGCAUCAGUCGAGAUUGCCCCAAGUCCCACCGGAGGCAGGCCAAAUGCUGAUGGAAUACCGCGGAAUGAUUUUCGAGAACGGGAACGUAAAGCAUUAGACCACGAUUUGGCUUCGGGUGCUCUCCCUGCUGGCUCGCCAUCCACCCGAUCCAGCAUCUUCGCCGUUCCCCCGCACCUAGCAGCACCGUCUGUCGUUGGGAGCUACGGCUCUCAAUAUGGCACAUUGACCGCUCGCAGGUACAGGUCGAGAUCGUCUGCAAGCUAUGAAAGCACUUGGGGAGUGCAUGCCGAACAUGGGGAGGGCCAAGGUAUUGAUACAACGCUGGGGGAGGAACAACCAAUCCUGAUUAAGGAGGUCAAGCAGGGCGAUAGAGUGGUUCUCACUGUUGACGGUCAAAGUACCCUCCCACAAUCAAUUUUCAAUUCCAUCAACGCAAUAAUCGGAGUGGGCUUAUUGAGUUUGCCUUUGGCAUUUAAGAUGAGUGGUUGGAUAAUUGGUCUGUCCAUCUUGACGCUGACAGCUGCUGUCACGGCCCAUACAGGAAAGUUAAUUGGUAAAUGCAUGGAGUACGACCCAAGUAUCAUAACUUACUCAGAUUUGGCAUACGUUGCCUUCGGGGCUCGUGCUCGAGUCAUUGUCUCGGCACUAUUCACCCUCGAGCUUGUUGCAGCUUGCGUAGCUCUAGUUAUUCUCUUUGCCGAUUCUCUGGAUCUCUUGUUACCAACCGUGGCCAGCACAACAAUCUGGAAGUGUGUUUGCGCCGGACUCAUUUUGGUUUUGAAUGUGCUACCGUUGAGGUGGCUCAGUUACACAAGUGUUGUUGGAAUAUUUUCAACCUUUUGCAUUGUUUGUAUUGUAAUUCUCGACGGCCUUGUCAAACAACAUACUCCUGGAUCACUCCGGGAGCCCGCGGCGACCUAUCUCCUCCCAUCUAAUUGGCUUUCGCUUCCUCUUGCAUAUGGACUCAUGGCCAGUCCAUGGGGUGCUCAUUCCGUUUUCCCAUCAAUUUAUAGAGACAUGCGACAUCCGCACAAGUGGACUCAUGGCGUCAAUAUUACCUUUUCAUUCUCCUACGCCCUUGAUAGCUGCUUGGCCGUCAUUGGCAUUCUCAUGUUUGGUAACGAUAUCAAGGAAGCAAUCACAUCGAACAUUCUGAAAACUUAUGGGUAUCCCGAGUCUCUGACCAUCAUAAUGUGUAUCUUCAUCACAAUCAUACCGUUGACAAAGAUCCCGCUGAACGCCAGGCCACUGAUCACGACUGCUGAUGUGAUGUGUGGCCUUCACAGAGACAAUCACCAGCUCAAUCACCAGCAACAUGCGGGAUCAGACGAGCAGUCAUUCACCAUCACCUAUGUAUUGAGAGCGGUGGUCCGAAUUGCUGUUGUUCUGGUCCUCCUGGCCAUUUCGGUGCUUUUCCCAGCAUUUGACUCCGUUUGUGCUUUUCUCGGCGCCGCACUUUGCACACUCAUCUCAGUCAUCUUGCCAAUUUGCUUUUACUUGAAACUCUACUCGAAGGAUAUCGCUAAGCGUGAGCGUGUAGCAUCUUGGAUUCUGCUGGUUAUCUUUUCUAUUUUUGGAUUGGUUGGCACGAUUUGGACAUUCUUACCUAAACAUCUCGUCAGCACCUGA